CCGGCCGGGAGCCGCCUGUUGAUCGCGGUGCUCACCCGGCCACGGCGCCACCCCUGCUCGUGGCCCCGCUACCUUGGGGCUGACGGACUGACGGCAGGGGCGGACGGACUGACUGCCAGCACCGCCGGCUCCGGGAUGGGCGCACCGACGGUAUUCUGAAGUCCCAGGAGGCUGGCCCAUUCAGAUGUUCAUGGCCCAUGAGAAAGACGUAUAAGAAACCAUGGCACUCCCUUUUCAAAAAGAGUUGGAGAAAUACAAGAACAUUGAUGAAGAUGAGCUUCUUGGCAAACUCUCAGAAGAGGAACUGAAACACUUGGAAAAUGUUCUUGAUGACCUAGAUCCUGAGAGCGCAUUACUGCCAGCUGGAUUCCGCCAGAAAGACCAGACACAGAAAGCAGCCACUGGCCCAUUUGACCGCGAGCACCUCCUUAUGUACCUGGAGAAGGAGGCUUUGGAACAGGAAGACAGGGAAGAUUUUGUGCCCUUCACUGGAGAAAAGAAAGGGAGAGUCUUUAUCCCCAAAGAGAAGCCCAUAGAAAUCCGUAAAGAAGAAAAAGUGACCCUUGACCCAGAACUGGAAGAAGCUUUGGCCAGCGCCUCUGACACCGAACUCUACGAUCUUGCAGCUGUCCUUGGAGUUCACAAUUUGCUCAAUAAUCCAAAGUUUGAUGAAGAAACAGCCAGCACUAAAGGUGGCAAAGGGCCUGUGAGAAAUGUGGUCAAAGGUGAAAAGGUCAAGCCUAUAUUUGAGGAACCACCCAAUCCCACAAAUGUAGAAGUAAGUCUGCAGCAGAUGAAAGCCAAUGACCCCAGCCUGCAAGAAGUCAAUCUCAACAACAUUAAGAACAUUCCAAUUCCAACGCUGAAGGAAUUUGCGAAGGCUCUGGAGACUAACACUCAUGUAAUGAAGUUCAGCCUGGCUGCAACCCGCAGCAAUGACCCAGUCGCGAUUGCUUUUGCAGAUAUGCUGAAAGUAAACAAGACCUUGAAAAGUCUAAACAUAGAAUCCAAUUUUAUAACUGGAACUGGCAUCCUGGCCCUGGUAGAGGCACUGAGAGAAAAUGACACCUUGACGGAGAUCAAGAUUGACAACCAGAGACAGCAGUUGGGAACAGCCGUAGAGAUGGAAAUUGCUCAGAUGCUCGAAGAGAAUUCAAGGAUCCUCAAGUUUGGAUAUCAGUUUACGAAGCAAGGGCCACGAACAAGGGUGGCAGCUGCCAUCACAAAGAAUAAUGACCUGGUUCGUAAAAAGCGAGUUGAAGGAGAGCGAAGGUAAAUCUCUAGAACAGGAGGCGAAGUUUCACCACGGCAGCCAUUUAGAAACGAACAAAAACUUUUCUCCUUCCCCUUCGGGACCAUUUUAUCAAAGGUUGUUCAUUUCCGUUAACCACACCACUAAUAAUUUAAUUGUUAUUUUUUAGCACUAAUUAUUUAUCUUGGAUUUUUUAAUAUAUACAAUUGUUUUAUUUGCUCAUGGGCACCUCUGGCACUUGCACCAGUGGCCUCUUGCAGGUCUUACUAGGUGACAACAAUUGAAAUGAUUUAACCACUUUCAUAUUGGGUUGUCUUGCUUUCCUACAUGAAUUUUUUUUUUAACCACUGAGAGGAAUUGAGUAUAUAAGUAUGUUUGUAACUGUGAUUACGAUAGAAGCCUAUCUCUGUUUACAUGCAUAGCUUUGAGUUAGGCUAAAUACAUCAGAAGUGUUGAAGUUAGUAUUGCCAAUCUUUCACUGGGUGAGAAAAUGUGAUCAACUAAGCGUAAAUUCUCUCUUAGUUCCAGAAAUAUCACUAAAUGCACAUGCCCCACUGAUCAGAGAUCAUUGGUGUCAUCAUAAAAGCAAGAUAGCAUUAUGAUGCUUUAACAUAGCCUUAGCAAAUAAAUGUAAAGUGUUCAUUAACCCACAAAUAUAGCUUCAAGCCAGAUUCACAGGUAGCAAAAUAAAUUAGCGCGGCUACCUUUACUGAUUAUUCAUCAUAGAUUUAAUCUUUAACAUGACUCUAAAUAAUAACUUUUUACAAAACUGUUUUGAAGAUUUGCAGACAUGAUGGCAAAUUUUUAAAUUUUAGUAAGAGGGAAGCUUUUAAAACAUUACACUCCUAAAUAAAACAACAAUAAUUGUACCUUAAUCAAGAUUGUCUGCUACACAUGAUUGCAUUAUUUUGGCAAAUUUUAGAAGCAUGUAUUGCUUUAUCUUUAGUUGUAACAGGAUCACCGGAUGAAGUGUGAACAUUCAGGUUAAUUAUACAGAUUUUUGUCUACAAGGCAUGAUCCAUCAUGAUGUUUGGAAACAUCCGGAAAAAUGUAAAUGAUCACAUAUCCAGAUAUUUGUCAUCUCAAGAAUGAAGCGUGUAAAAGUACUGAGAUGAUUGCAUGGUAGUAUGCAUCAAACGUUUACUUUAGCAGUGCAACAGUGCAAUGCUAAAAUAAGGAAACAAGUGACUGCAGCCUUUGGCUCAAGCUCACAUGCCUUUGAGAACUGUAAGUGCCCAAGGCUGUACUUGGUGGCACUCUGACAGGUGGCUUUAUGUCUCACUCACUUACUCUCUUCUCCCCUCCCUUCCUUCCAACUCAUUCUCUUUUCUCUUGUCUCUAAUUCUGAGCCUUUUAAAAGUGACAUCCUGGUAACAUCUGGAGCUAAAGAGAUGGCUGACUCUCCGAGAAGGUGGGCCCAAUCCAGGAUUUGUUUAGUAAUUAAAUAUUCCUGUGUUGUUUGAUAGCAGUAAAAUAAGUUAAGGGUAACAUAAUUCAUAUUAUUCUAGUUAGCUUGUAAGGCACAUGGAAACUGUUUAGGAUAGACAUCCUUUAUAAAAUUGGACACUGAUCUGUAGUAUAAGUAUUCACAUCUGGAGUUCUAAAAUCCUUUGAAACAUCUCAUUUGCUUGAGAAUGUUUUAGAUUUUUUGAGGGAGUAAUGAGCAGAACAUGUUGACAUUUUGGGAACCCUGAAAAUCCUUGGAUUAGUUUUCUACAUAUCCCUAUCUGUACAACAAAAAAAUACUAAGUAGUAUUUGAUGGUUUGCGGUCCGAUUUUUCCUUCCCUCUUAGGUGUGCUAUGUUGGAGCUGACUUAUACUGGCUUACUGAUUAUUAAAUUUUCAAGAAUUUUGCAAGCUAUUUGCUAAACAUAGCCAACUUUUUUAUUAAAAAGUAAAUGACAUAUGCUUACAAUUAGUGUUAUAUUAAAAACAAAAGUAAUACUCAGAUAUACAUUUUACUAUUUUCUAUUCUCUUCAGACUAAUUGCAUCUAUUGUUUCUGUAUGGAUGAUAUACCAUGUAAAGGUAUGCUAUUUAUCUCUCUUCCCAAUUCAGUAGUUCUUCACAAACCCAGAAAUUCAGUACUUUGGUUGUCGGUUUGACAUUGGCCAUAGUCGGGAUAUUUUUACCAUGGAAAUUAGCAAAUGUUGCAUAUCAGGGCUGUUUUCCCCUGUAGGUUGCUAGCUGAUAACCAUUUAUUAGCACACCACUGGGUAAAUGUAUACAUUUCUUGUCUUGUAUACGCAUGUUUUGAUGACCAUGUUGCCAACGGGAAGAUCGUUUCUCUUCCUUAUCUUUCUCCUAUCCCUUUGGAUUUGUUGCAGAUAUAUUUAAGUGUGAGAGUCCCUGGCAUGCCCCUCGGCUUUUUCCUUUCUUUUCUCAUACCCUCUCUUUCUUACCUAUACCCCUAAGAAAUCUUGGAUCCUACAGAGUGUGCCUGCAGCCCAACGUGCUGUGGACUGGGGGCUAGAGCAGUUUCUGACAGAAAGCAAGGGAAAAAAAUCAGAAUUUGAUAGUGAUUGUUUGUGCUGCAGUUAUGGACAGUAUUAAAACAAGAUAAUGGGAUACUGUCAAAAUUGAGCACUUGUUUAGCUUGUAAAAUACUUGGGUCACAUGUAAUAGAAUCUAUGAAAUCAAAUAUGUAUUUCUAAUCAGUUUGUUACCUGUGUUUUAGAAGUAGCUUGAAAGGUGACAUUUCCAUGAGUAUUCACAUAUUAAAGAUAAGUAUUGGAAGAUAAGCUUCCAUUUUUUUUUUUAAGCUUCCAUUUUUAAGAGCCUAUAAAUCAUUUAAUUAGCCUAGGACUCCAUCUCCCCAUCUGCCCAAAAUGUGUAAGUAGAAGCUCUUUCAUGAUCUUGAGCGUAAUUAAUCCCUUACCAUCCAUCACGGUGGGACAUAUGGGUGUAUAAAGUAUUUUUAUAUAUAUGCAUUUUGCCAAAUAUUGAGAUAUUUGGCAACAUCUGGACAAUUGAUUGAAGGGAGAUAAUCUCUCCCCAGACCACGUCCUUUCCCCUUUUAGACGGGUACAGGCCCAUGUUAAGUGUAAAAUCACUUUCCUGGACUUACAGGCUCAUGUCGCAGCAUAUGUGGAAAAGACUUUUAGGAGAUAAAUUUUGGAAGGCUAGAGAUCAUACCAUUAGUCCAGCACUACAUCUCCCCAUCUUACGGAAGUGUGUAAUGAAGCUGUUUCAUCCUCAUCAGCAUGAUUUAAUCCUUUCAUUUUGGUAGGGCCUAGUGUAAAUAAAUGUGUGUGUGUGUGUGUGUGUGCGCACGCACUCUCAUACCAACUAUCUAAGUAUCUAACUAGGCGUUUGGCUACAUCUGGACAACUGAUCGAAGGGGGAUGCUCUCUCCCCACCUCCAUUUCCCUUGUCCUUUUUAGAGUUGCUGCAGGCCCAGGUUAAUGUGUUUGCAGUUUGGGUCACCAACCACCAAAUUUCACAGCGUGUGUGGACGAUAAACCUUAGAGAAUAUUAGAAGCCAAAAAUCAUUUCAUUGUUUUAGCACCAAAUCUCUCUGCCUAAAGUGUGUAAGUAGAAGCUCUUUCAUCUGCAUCAACAUAAUUCAGCCCCUUCCUUCCAAGUGUGUAGGGCACACUGUAUAUAAAUAUUUUGUAUGUAACUAUUACCAAAUACUGUAAGGAGAUAUUUGGCUAAAGCUGGACAAUUGACUGCUUUCGGGAGAUGCUGUCUCCCAGUCCUUCUUCCCUCACCCCUCAGAGUUGCUGUGGGCCUAGGUUAGGUAGAGAAUCACUAACCUGGAGGGGCACAUGCAGCUCACCCAUCUUCGAGCACGCACUUCAUCGUACAGUAGAAGCCCAUCUUCAUUUCACAACUCAGAAAUUGUCCCAACGCCUAUGCUCCUGAAAACAAUUUCCCUAAGGGAAGCCUGGCACACCCGAUCAAAACAGCAGCAGCUUCUCUUCCAGAGAGAAACGUGGCCCCUGGCAGGGCACCAGCAUUAGGGAAACCAGUGUGCUCUGAAUAACUGCCAUGAGAAUGUUUCAGACACUCAAACUUGGAACAGGUAUCAAGCAUCAGCAUGCUUGAAAUGUAAGACAGCCCUUUAAAUUGACAAAAGAGUUUGAAGAAAUUUCCUUUUUUCAUGGAUAUGACGUAAUUAGCCUUCUCCUAGGCACUGUGAAGGAGACAGAGGAAGUAUAAGAACUCUGGAUUGAUAAAAUUUGAUACUUGUUUCUGGGUUUUAGGGAUAGAGUGCCUUUUUUGCACAGUGGAUACCAUCUUUAGUGCAAGUGUUUAUAGCAUCAGCCAAAAUGGGCGGGGGCAGUAAGUUGUGAAUACUGGGUUCUGUGGUAUGUUAGCUGUGGAGAACUCAGUGGGGAACACUGGAAGUCGGUUUUAAGUCAUAAUCCUGAAGCUUCCUUCCUUCCUCUCAUACUAGUGAUGCAGUAAUAGCUACUUUUAACGAGCAGAGAUCUGAGGUGAAGUGUUUUAGCUCUACCAGUAGCAGUUUUUCCUUGUGGCUCCUCAUUUCAAAUCUCCCAUCCUCAGAGCUAAAGGACUGAGACACAUGCAGAGGAAAAGUGUGAGGAUGGUUGGAAGAAUCAGGCUGGACCCUCUGGAUGAAAAUCACAUGACCAGGCCUCCCAGUAACAAGCUGGAGAGAGAGAGAGGAAAGUACCCAGAACCCAGGAUGGAUGCAGUUUUCUUCCCAACUAGGUCAGAUUGGAUUCUGUUUUGUGGUUCAGGACUUUAGUGGAGAGGCUGAGUGAGGUGGGAAAGGAAGAUGGAAAUUAAAGAUUUUAUUUUGCUUAAGGGCAGAAGUAAACUCUGCUCAGCUUACCUCUUUCCCAUCUGCCCGUAACAGCAAUGAUUGAACGUUCAGUAGAGGGGUGGAGGAGGAGUUCCAAGGUUUAAAUUUGGAACCUGCCUCUGGGUACUGUUCUAGGAACGCUGUACAUGUACCAGAGGUGACCCCCGUUUUGUGAUGCCUUCUUGACUUGGGGGAGAGUGAAGGAGACUCGACUUUUCUCUGAUACCUUCCACGGUAGUCAUUCUGAGUACACUGGCUCUGCUAGUCGGUAUGGUGAAAGAGCACCGUACUAAGCGAUGUGGGGACGGACUCCUAAUACCAUCACCAACACUUAGCAGGGGUAUGAUCAUGGGCAAUUCAUUCAAUUGCCUGCCAAUUAUAGACUAUAUAGGGGGAAGAGCACUGGAUUUGGAGUCAGGAAACCUGGACACUUGGCUCCACCGUUCUUGGCUGGGUGACUCUGGGGCACGCCACUGAGUCUCUCAAGCCUAAGGUUCUUCAGCUAUAUUAUAAUGGGAAUGAUAUCUUCACUAUCUACCUCACAGAGUUGUGAUGAGAAUAGAAUCAGAUGAUGGGAUGAAAAUACUACACCGGAAAGGGCUAUACAAAAAUGGGAGAUCGUUUUUUUUUAUCUAUUCACGAAUGUUUUCCACCGUGUCUUGAAUCUGUUUUAUUUUCUUCCAACCAACAAUUACGUCUUCCACAUCUUUUUGAGUAUGGGGAAUUGAAGCAUGAGUAUGAUGUAGGGAUUGGCAUUACUUUACUUCGUACACACAGGUGGGAGAGGUGGUUGAUGAGGGCGGUGGGUGCUAUAUACCAGUGAUGUGUGUGGUAGGGCAUUUUCCUGGGUCACUCUGACAGUACCUGGGGACGUGGUCAGGACCCUUGCAGAGAGCCUAAGGCUAGACACAAUGGGGAAGCAAACAGUGAUUAAGAAUUGGAGGGCAAGUCAGGGGCACUGCUGCCAUCUUGUCAGCUCUGUCACCACUUGGGGUGGGACUGUGACUUAAGGUAUGAAUGAAGGCCUAGAAGAGAAGACUCUUGAGGGCUCCAGUAGCUGUAUAAUAGACUUAAGCUCUGAUAGUGAAGGGAAGGAAGUGUCACUUGUGAGAUCAGCUCUCCCGGACAGCAGCUGCCUUGUUACCACCAGCAACCUUAGCCCUGGUCUGUGUUAUUUUCUUCUAAGAAAGGUAUUGAAACAUGGCCUCACAGGACUUUCAUAAGCACUUGGAGGCAGGGCCUGUCUCAUCAAUCUUUGUAUCUUCGGCAGCAUCUGGUAAGGUGCCUUGUACAUAAUAGGUGCUUAAUAAAUGUUGUUUGACUUGUUCUCCAGCCCCACAAGAAUUAUGCUCCAUUUGCCACCAUGUAAUAUUUUUUUUGGAAACAUUAUUGACUUGGAUGUCAGAUGUGUGUGACUUUGGGCAAGAUUUUCCAUCUGUCUCAUCUUCAUUUCAUCUGGAAAAUGAAGUGAGUGGAUUAGAUGCUCUCUAAGGUCCCUUCCAUCUCCUUUGAUUCUAAAGUGUUUCCAUUGUCUCUGAACAUAGGUGCGUAAUGCCUCCAUUGCAGUUCCAUCUCUCUUCAGAAGGCUUUGUUCAGAGGAAGAGGUCUGAACAGUCCAUAGUUCUCUCUUCCUCUUGAGCGGUUUUUACUGUCUUCAGAAUAGUUCUGGAGGAACAGCCUUUUCUAAAAUGAUAUUUUAAAAUAUAUCAUAUUUUCUCAAAAUUGUGGAGGAAAAGGGGAAAUGCAAAGAAGGAAACAGCAUAGUAAACACAGCAUGUUUUUCAUAGGCUUUUAUUUGUGUGUGUGUGUGUGUGUGUGUGUGUGUUUGUAUGUGUGUGUGUGUGUGUGUGUGUGUGUGUGUGUUUCUGAGCACAUACUGACGGGAUAACAGAGAAGCCAAUCAGGAGUACACUGUGCAAUUGGGAGAAGCUGGCCCAGGAUUAAAAAUUUUCCGUGGAUAAUCUAAAUGCGGAUAGAUAGGAAUUGGUCAUAUGGUGAAAUAGAUGGCUAGAAAUCUGUGUGCUUUUUAAGGAAAUUUUAUUUUGGUACCAAACAUUGCCAGUGACAAUCUUUAGUUGAGAAAGAAAUUGUUGUGACCUAAAAUUUUUAUCUCUGCCGCUUUGGUUUUUUCAAAAAGAAAAAAAAAAAUACAACCCCACUAUAUUCAUGGAAUAAUACUUAUAUUUUAAUUAAACCUUUACCUUAAUUCUGUUUUAUCUAUUCAAGUGAAACAAAUAAGCAUUUUUUCAUUGCAUUUAAAAAUGUAAAAUACUUGCAUGCCACCAAUCUGUAAUAUUUUACCAGUUUAGAUGCCUGUGAUGUGUGACCUUACGUGUACCUGUAUUGUUUUGAAGAGAACAAAGAAAAUAAUACUUUGUAACUGUUUAAAUUUAUAUUGGCUACAUUUAUUUGGCUAAGCAGUUAUUGAAAACUCCACAUUGCUUAAUUUUUUAUUUUGAAACUUUUCAGAAGUAGAUUUGUAUUAUAUUCAUUAGGGAAUUAAAGAGUAAUUUGCCUUUGAAAUGUGAAAUUGAACACUGUGUGGGAUUUAAAUGUAUGCUAAAGCAAAAUGUAUGAAGCGUGAAAUACUUGUGAAAUACUUUUACCCUGAUCCCAGUUGGCACAAGUAGGCGCAAUGCUUGACUUUUUGGAAUUAGCCAGCCAGACUUAAUGCUAAGGUAAAUGUAUACUGUUUUAAUUAAUCAAGAUUUUUUCGUUUUUAAAAAUAUAAUCCAUUCAUUUGUGUCUGGAAUGAAAUUUCCAAGUGAAAAUGUGUACAGAACAUUAGGAAUGAAUAAACUUUCCUUUUAAAAUGAAAGUAAAGACUGAUUUAAUCUAUCUAAUUUUUAGACACAUUGUCUCUUUAAAAAAAAUAAAUGGUUGGCACCAUGUUCUCCUAUUAGAGUCCAUUUGCAGAAAGGUCUAUAAUGUGCUCUUAUUAUGAAGAUAAGAAGUAGACAGAUAACCAGAAGUAGCCAGAGGAAGAAAUGAGAACUCAUUAUUAAAACAAAUAUGCACACAUUCACCUAACAGUUAAAAUUUAUUAGAAUAAAUGGGCAAGAAUACA